ACCCACCUUACUACGAAUGUUGGAAUCUCAAAAGAUGUGGUAGACGCCCAAGGUCACGUGAUUGUACUCAAAUGUGGCACAGGCAUGUGGCUAGAAACUGCCAAGAGGCCGGACAUGUUUGGUGCCGAUCAUCACAACUCCAAGGAACCAACCCUUGUCGCAACAAGUGAUAGCAACAUUCUUCUUACUGCACUGGAUAACACGCUGUGUCGAGGGGAUCACCAUCUGCACGCUUCUAAGCUACUCACAAAGUAG